AUGGCCGAUAAUAUGGACGACGAGACGCGCGAGCGCCUCAAGGCCGCCCUCUGGUUCUCCAUCGGCAAAAUCGUCGAUGCCGAGACCCUCCGCCUCGGCGUAAACGCAACCCCCCAGUUUAUCGGUGCCCUGACGGAGAUGGUGUGGGCGCAGAUUGAAAGCGUGUCCCAGGACCUCGAGAGCUUUGCGAAGCACGCUGGUCGCUCGACGGUCACCACGGAUGAUGUGCUGCUUGUUACGAGGCGGAACGAUGCCCUGCAUGAUAUUAUGAAGGAGUUUAUUGAUAAGGAGAAGGCGGCGAGUGGGAAGGGGAAGAGGAGGCAGUGA